AGCAGCAGCGGCGGCGCCGGAGUCCCGUCUCUGGCCAUCCCCGGCCGUCUUGAGCUCCGGCCGGGGAUGCUCUCUCGGGCCGGCGGGGACGGCCGGCUCCCCGCCCCGCUGCUCCUCUGCUGGCUGCUGUUGUUGGGGCUGAGCGGGGCGGCCGGGGCGCCCUCGGAGCUGCGGGUGCGAGUUCGGCUCCCCGACGGGCAGGUGACGGAGGAGAGCCUGCAGGCGGACAGUGGCGCCGACAGCGUCAGCCUGGAGCUUCGCAAGAGCGACGGGACCCUCGUUACUCUGGCCGCCGACUUCAAGCAGGAGGUGAAGAUAUUCCGAGCUCUGAUCCUUGGGGAACUGGAAAGGGGACAGAGCCAAUUCCAAGCUCUUUGCUUCGUCACCCGGUUGCAUCGCAACGAAAUCAUUCCCAGCGAAUCCAUGGCCAAACUACGACAGAAAAACCCACAGACGGUGCGGCAGGCGGAGGAGAUCCGUGCACUCGAACACUUGAGUAUGGACGUGACUGUCAAUUUCAGCAAAGGGGCCCAGCUUAGCUCUCACAUCUACAACAUCUGUUCAGAGGCCAAGGAGACCAUCUACAGUCGAGAAGAAGAUGUGAAGUUCUGGAUGGAGAAAGGGGUGGACGGCUCCAUGUUUGAGGUCCUGCCUCAGUCUGCAGACCUACCUGAUCUGCAACACUGCCGGGCCUGCGCAGAUCGCUGGAAACCUUGCAUCUGCAGCUACGCCUUGAACAUCGAGUGGUAUCCCUGCAUGCUGAAGUAUUGCAAGAGCCGAGAUUCGGCUGGAAAGACAACCUCUUACAAGUGUGGCAUCCGCAGCUGCCAGAAGGCCUACAGUUUUGAUUACUACGUGCCCCAGAAGCAGCUCUGCCUUUGGGAUGAAGACACUUAGCAGGACAGACGAGCAGCCAUCUUGUUUUUUGGGGCUGGGAGAACUUCACCUCGACCUUCCUUCCUGGAGCUCUGGGCAGGACUACCAAGGUGGCCACCUGGGACUGAAAGGAGGAAGGGGAAGGGCAUAGAGGGAGGGAAGGAGGGAAAACCCCCGUGAGAUGCCUCCUAACAAUGUUUUGAAAGGAGUCUCUUCCUCUUCGCCUAUAGAAGGAGGCACCUUCAGAUUUACAGGCAGAGACCACAAUCAAUGGGAUGUUAUCGAAAGAAAGAUGAGGAACAUCAAAAUGAAGACGGUUCUCCAUCUCAACUUGACUUUUGAAGCUUCUUGACCACCAUGAGAUUUGUGCCUGCUUCUUUUUUUUUCCAUAAUGAAGACAGAGAGGAUAGAUGUCCUUCUUGGACAAUCUCCUAGAAAGGAUUAGACACCAGGUCGGUAGCAGAAGGGAUAGAAGAUCUUCUGGAAAAAGCUCGUGAGCUUCCAGAAUGUUCUGCGGUUGAUACCUGGAGCCACCAGAAAGAGGAAACUUAAAGCCAUGAGGACGUCGGAAUCUGGAAGGGCUGAUAUUUCAUUUUAUGCAAGAAUGGGAGAUUAUUUGAGAAGGCUGUAGGACGGCUGGUCUCUUACAACCAAUUGUCAGUUACCGCUGUACCAUGUUCUCCCAGUGACCAAUAUCUAGGGAUAAUGCCAUCCCUGGCCAACUUUGACGACGGCAGUUUGCCAAAAUGCCUCUGAUAUAUAUGCUGCAUAAUCAUUCUGGGUGGAUCACCCAGCCCAGCUCUUGAUCUCGAUUGGCUCUUUAACACUGGAGGAGGUGGGCGUAGAGAUCUCUGGCUUCUUAAGGGUGCCAAUUCCUUUUUUUUUCUUUCCCCUUAUCGCUCUGCCUUAAUAAGAGAUUGUACCCACCUCGCUUCCAGGGACCGAAGAUUGCAGACAAUCAGAUCCAUUUAAAGAGGGAUCCCUAAGCCCUUCCUGGCUGGGACGUCCCAGUAGCUUCCUUUUCUCCUGAUUAGAAAGUCAAAUGCUUGUUUUACUCUCUAAUCUGUUUCUGUACCUCCUUCUCCCACAAAAUGGUGAUUGGACAGAGCAAUGCAGUGUGUGUGUAUGAGAGAGAGAGAGAAUAUAAUAUUAAAGUAAAGGGAGCCACAAUAUGUCAAAAUAUUAACGCCCCAAAUAUUGCAGAAAAAGUAGCAGAAUGUUUGGGUUACAGAAAUGGACAAGAUAUCCAGAUACAAAGUGGUAAAGCAGAAGUGUGAUGUUGUGUACAGUCAGUUCACACCUGGCUCUCAGUUAAGACUUUGAGGACCCAUAGAAGGAGCCAUGGUACAGAUGCACACCAAACCCAUCGUAGCGGCAACGCUAAGGGCCUGGUGCAGUUGUUUUUCCUGCUCUCCCAACCAUCUCCAUGCCUCCAUUGGUGCUAUCAUUGCAUAAAAAUGGUGGCAAACCAGGACAUCAGGAUUGUGUGUUUCUACAACGCAAUAAACUAGGCCCGAGUCUUUUGUGAGUCAUUGUGUUGUGGGAUCACCACCAAGCAUGAAGUUCAUAUUGGGGUUCAGACCUUACAUUGAGGGAUUUUGCUGACUUGGGCUUAGGGUAUUGUAGAGCCCAUCAGUUGAGUUGGUUAAUUCCGUAAUUGUGGUGCAAAGAAAGACAACAAAAUGUGACAAAAAGUUGUUGCUUUCCAGAGAACAGUCACAGGUUCCCACACACUUUUGGACGUGCAGGAAUUCAAGAACAGGCCGUUCUUAUCACCCUAUAUUUGCAGUGAUGCAGAGAACAUUCCCUGUUGGAUUUCUGCCUGCCUUGCAGUGGCUUCUUUUCUUGUUUCUUUUUGUUUUUAAAAAGGGGGAUUUAUUCUGAAUCCACUGUAGAUCUGUUAUGGUUAUUUAGCUUCCUUCCAUUUCUUCCCUCUGUAAUCUGGGCAUUUUGGACUGCUGACCUUCACGCCUUAAGAAUCCUCUUUUAAAAGAUAACAUUUAUCUGUCUAUUUCCUAGAAUUGUGUGGGUGUGAGAGAGAGUGAGCUGUGCAGUUGCAAUUUGUGUUUUUGAUUGGAGUUCCUUGGGCGCUCUUAAAAAAAUAAUGACCACAGGAAAUGAAAUAAAUGUAAAUGUGAAUGAAAGGUGUGUUAUUUUUUCCCAAACAAAUUAUUUAUGAUAUGUAAGCUGAAUAAACUGAUUUUCCAAAAAAAAAAA